AUUUUCUAUAAAGGUACCAAAUGGUGUGGAAGAGGAAAUGCUGCAGCUAAUUUUACUGAUUUAGGAGAAAAAAGGGAGACUGAUAUUUGUUGCAGAGGCCACGAUUAUUGUCCCGACACCAUCGGAUCAUUUUCAUCAAAACACGGCCUGUUUAAUGCCGGAUUAUUUACUAAAUCUCAUUGUGAUUGUGAAAAUGAAUUUUAUGAUUGUUUGAAGAAUUCUACUGAUGAGCUGGGAUCAGUCAUCGGAAACAUUUAUUUCAAUGUACUGGAUUUUGAUUGUUUUGAAUUG